UAUUGCGCAAAGCGCUCCUGUGCCUAUAUAUUCGCCAUAUCGUCUCAUCUCAUCAACGGCACGAAUCCAUCCGAACUCGAUCUCGACUCCCGUCAACACAAUGUCGACCUUCCUCUCGCGGCUCCCGUCAUUUUCGAUCCAUUUGGUGCCAAUCAAGUCCUCCACGUCUAUCAAACCCAGAGAACUACAGUUGCGGUAAGAUAG